CCCAUCCUUCUUUCCAAUACGUACUCAUGGGCGUAUAGUUCAAGCAUGUGUACUAUUACACAAUCUUAUUCGAAAACAUAUGCCAACAGAUUACACAAUGUAUUGGGAUUUCUAUAGUGAAGAAGGUGAAAGUGAUGAUGAGGGCCUAGAUGAUGAAGUUGAGUUGAUUACUCAAAUAGUUACUACGGAUGCUUGGACUACUUAUCGAAAUAACUUAGCACAAAAUAUGUUUAAUAAUUGGAGACUUAGGCAUAGUAGCCAAACAUAAAUGUUUAGUUUAUUUGGACUUAUGUUUGGGUGUUCCUUUUUAUGAUGUAAUCGAAUUUUUUUUUUUUGUAAUCUAUAAAUUUUUUUUAUGGUGUUGAAAUAUUUUUUAUGGUGUAAUUGGAUUAUUUAUUUUAUCUUGCAAAUAAGAAAAUAGCCUUAUUUGGUAAUCUUUUUUUUAAUACAUCAUUGUUGUAUAGGAUGGAUGUUGGUCAAUUUGUUCAAAGUGGAAGAGGGAAAAAUAAGCGAUCAUGGACUAAAUUUGAGGAAGAAUGUUUGAUUAAUGGUUUGUUGGAGAUGAGUGCCGAUCCUUCAUGGAAAGCUGAUGGGAGUUUCAAAGGUGGUUUCAAGAAUAAGUUAAAGGAGAAAUUGAAUGAGAAGUUUCCCGGGUGUGGGUUGAAAGCUAUUCCCCAUAUUGAAUCAAAAAUCAAAUGGUUUAAGGAUAAGUAUAAUGUGCUAACUGAAAUGUUUCGCACUUCUGGUUUUUCUUGGGAUAAUGAAAAGAAUAUGAUUGUUUGUGAAAGGCAAUCUUAUGAAGAAUUUUGUAAGCAACACAGAAAUGCUCAAGGAUUAUGGAAUGUUCCUUUUCCAUUUUAUGAUCAACUGUCAGUUAUCUUUGGUGCCGAUCGAGCUACUGGAGUGCAAUCUGAGACUUUUGUCGAAGCUGUUGCCAAUCAAGAGAAAAAGACCAUUGAACUAGAUAAGGGUGGUAGUGAUGAAGAUGAUGAAUUUGAUGAUAAUGAGUCCGUCAACCAAUCAAAACAAUCAACUCCAAGUGAACCUUCUUCAAAGAAAGCCAAAAAAGAAAAGGCUCCAAAUGAACAAGGAAGGAAAAGAAAGAAGCCGGAGGUUGUGGACUUAACUUCUUCUUUUAACAAUAUGUCUUCUAGCUUUUCAAAUCAUAUGAAUGAGAUGAACAAGCACAUGUCUACCAUUGCAAGUGCCUUCUCUACUACACAACUACAUGAGCAAGCUAUCAUGGCUCGUGAAGAAGUUGAGAAAAAUCAAAAAAAAAUUUGGUUAGUGAAUUGCUUCGCAUAG